AAUUCUAAGUCAUACUUUCUCUUCGUAUGGUUAUAAAACAACAGCAACCACAACUAGAAUCAAGAAAUCAUUGUAGGAAUUUUCUUUUACUUUUUCUUUCUCCCAAAGAAAUGGCCGAGCUCUCCACAUGCAAUGGUUUGAAGAUCCUUUCCAAAGUACCACCCCGUUCUAACUCAUGCAUAAAUGCACCCAAUGUCCAACCGUGGAGGAAGAAGGUGUUUGGCAUUCUCGCCAUGAAAUCCGGUGGUCCAUCUUUCAAUUUGGUUAGAAAGAGGUGCCAAACGUGUAGUGGGCAAGGUUCAAUAGAGUGCCCUGGUUGUAAGGGAACUGGAAAAAACAAGAAGAAUGGUAACAUCUUCGAGCGAUGGAAGUGUUAUGAUUGUCAAGGUUUCGGACUGAAGAGUUGCCCUGUUUGUGGGAAGGGAGGACUUACACCUGAGCAAAGAGGGGAAAGAUGAGCAAAGUUCUCCACCUGAUAUGUAUUUGGGUUAUCAAGCACUACAUCUCUGCAAGUGUGGGACACAUGUACAUGAUCCUGACUGUUUAUCCACUACUCAAUUACACAAUUACACGUUGAUGCUUGUAUCUUGAGCUAAAUUGCCUAAUUUGUGGGAAAUGUUUGGCAUAUAGCCGUCGAUCAGAUUGAUUUUCUA